AUGUUCGAAAUCGACGAGAAUAACCUGCCAUUUGUGCGCACACGCCAGGCGCUGCUCCUGCUCGAUCUGCAGAAUGACUUUGUUUCGACGGGCGGAAUCCUCCCGGUGGAGCAGCCGCCAGACUUUCUUGACAGGACCUUGAAGCUUCUCCCCGAGUUCCGGACGUCUGGCAACAUUAUAUGGAUUCGCACAGUCUUCGAAGCAUCUCGGCCGAUCAACGAGCCUGUUGGCGACAGUGAGAGUGUAAUUACAGACAAUGAAUUGGAUCCCAAACACCGCGGCGGAGAUGCGCACCUCCGGGCCCGACUGAGACCUUCGCAGAGGCUGAUUGAGAGACAUCGGAGAAUAGCGGAGGCAAAUGGGAUACCAUUGGAAGGCGACGCCGCAAUCGAAGUGGAGGAGGAGGAGCAAGAGGAAAUGGAAGUCGAAGAAACAUAUCUAACGCUUCGACCGAAACAAUUACCACAAGCAGUGCUCCCGACUUCUCCAGGAACAAACUUCUCGCAGGCAGCAAGUAUGAGGAUUGACGGGAAGAAGGAUUUGAUAUUUCAGAAGACCUGGUAUUCAGCAUUUAAAGAUGGAAGUCUGGUGCAGACAUUGCGGGCCAAGUUUGUAACGGAAAUAUACCUUUGCGGUGCGUUGACGAAUAUAAGUGUUUUCGCGACAGCCAUGGAUGCUGCGCGGCAUGGCUACGCGAUAACCAUAGUGGAGGACUGUCUUGGGUACAGGAGUAAAGCGAGACACGACGAGGCUCUUCGAAGACUUGUAGAGUUUGCUGGCUGCGAGAUAAUAAGCAGUGAAGAGCUCAUUGAAGACCUGCAACAAAAAGCCAGGAGGCAUCAAACGCCACCGAGAAAAAAUCAGAAUCAGAACCAGAACCAAUGGCCACAAGCAAAGGCCAAAGCAGCAAGUAGUAGUACCGGUAUCGAGAACCUGAUGGCCAGCCUGAAUCUGAGACCUGAUGGAACCUCAACCCCUGGCCACAAGGCAGUUCCUACUGGGUCGCAAGAUGAUGUGGCUGCAACCGAAACUGGUGAUUCCGAGUCACAUCCAAGCGAGGAAUGGAGCCUUCCAGCAAAACCAACAUCGAUAACGACAGCAGCCGAUGUCGAUGGGAAGAAGCGAGAAAGAGUCAAAACGAAGAUCAAAACUCGACGUCGGCAUUCCAAGUCGGCUCCAAAGGAAGCCACAGAAGGAUCGUCGAUCAUCUCGAUCGGUCAGACUUCGCCGAUAUCUGCUACGUUGCUGGCAGCGACACAAGCACUCGAGAAACUUCCCAACUCAUUUCUUUCAGAACACAAGCAAAGUGUUGACGCUGCAACCUCUCAUUCAUUAAAACAUACUGGCCUUGAACCGGACAUUCCUCGACAAGAUAAUAUUGACGCUGCCCCAAUAGCGUAUUGUGAAGGAGAUACUACAGUUGUACACAACCUUCUCGACGAAGAUGCCGCUGAUGGAAUAUUCGAAAAGCUUCGUGACGAAGUCCGUUGGCAACGCAUGUCCCAUCAAGGUGGUGAAGUCCCAAGGUUGGUUGCAGUCCAAGGAGAUAUCGACCAUGAUGGAAGCAUCCCGAUAUAUCGACAUCCGGCCGACGAGUCACCAGCUCUGUUACCAUUUUCUCCCACAGUCUCGCUCAUCAAAGCUCAAGCUGAGAAAAAGCUUGGUCAUGCCCUCAAUCAUGUGCUGAUCCAAUACUACAGAGAUAGUACGGAUCAUAUCACAGAGCAUAGCGACAAGACUUUGGACAUUGUUCGAAACACAUUCAUCUGCAAUGUCAGCCUUGGUGCUCAAAGGACGAUGACCUUUCGCACUAAGAGACCACUGAAGGGUACUGCCGAAGCUGAAGCUGCGGCCGGAAAGCCUCGUGAAGUACAAAGAGUUCAACUUCCUCACAACUCCAUGGCCAAGGUAGGGCUGGUCACCAACAUGAGAUGGCUCCAUGCUAUCCGACCGGACAAACGAAUGGCGUGGGAGAAAUCGCCUGAAGAGCUUGCCUACGACUGUGGACGUAUUUCUUUGACCUUCCGCCUGAUCGGAACAUUCCUUAGUAAAGACCAAACGAAGAUAUGGGGUCAAGGUGCUGUUGCCAAGAGCAAAGACAAAGCCAAACCUGUCAUCAAUGGUGAUGCAGCUGAAUCAGAGAAGAUGAUCCGAGCAUUCAGCAAAGAGAACUUUUCCUCUGAAUUCGAUUGGGAAAGCAUUUAUGGUGCAGGCCUUGACGUUCUUCACAUCUCGAACUGGUCGAAGCUGAUCCUGUCUGGCGACUUCGUUGCCGACCUUAGAGUGAAACUCAUGCUCGCCGAAUAUGGCAUAACCUGGGUAGAAUCAAGAUCAUCCGCAGCGUUCAAUUGGAAAGAUGGACCUCCGUGCAAAGAUCCGGAGCCUUCGUCUGCAUCUCCCAUCAAGUUCGUGGAUAAUGAUUCAAGCCAGUCGACCGUCGUCGGAGACAUGGCUAUCAUGUUAUACCUCGACUCCGUCUACGGACCAAAGCCCGUCGUCAAUGGACCUGAUCUCGCCAAACAAUUCACUCGACUCCAGCAAGCCGGAGAACUGCUCAAGAAAUGGCGAACAGCGCCCUUCGACCUGGAACCUUUCCGCCAAGAGAUGGCAAUCUGGGACGCGUUUGCUACCGAGGCAUCAUAUAUUGCAGGAUCCGGCCUCUCGAUUGCGGACUUCGCGCUGUGGCCGGUGCUGGAAGAGAUCAGACGAGAGUGGAAGGAUAUUGAGGGAUUCGACAACAUCGUCGCGUAUUAUGAUCGUGUGAGAAAUCGCGACAGCGUGGUCAAGGUCCUCGGAGCUCGAGAGCAAACGAAUGACGCCGGAAAAGCUUAGACAGGGAUAUGAUUGGGCUGGGUAGGAAAAUGGAACAGUCAUUUAUAACGAGGUAUGAGAACGGCGAAAGAAGAGGUUGGAUGUCAUUUGGAAAAAAGGCUUCUUAGAUUAUUCUUGUCUUUAUCUCGAUUGUUUUGGUUAGGCAUGGCGUGGGAG